AUGGCCAGGGAUGUGGUGACACUCCAUCACUCGUGCUUGGAUGCUGGCUUGAUGGAGCAGCUGGUCUUGCUCAAGGCCAACCACCCCUUGCUUGGCUAUCCUGAGCUGCAUGUGGAGGGCAAUAAACCUGAUAAACUGUUGGAGCAUCAACUAAGAAAAGAACGAGAGAAUAGAGCAAUUACCUCCAUAUGGAAUGGGAAAGAAUAUGUCUCAAACACAGAUAAAAUGGUUGAUAAAUUUACGGAAUAUUAUUCUAUAUUAUAUAGAAAAGAAAGAAGGGACCUGGAGGAGAUUUUGCAGUUCCUAGAAAAUUUGCAAAUACCCUCGUUCAUAGACAAACAGAAAGAACUGCUUAAGAAACUGAUCUCAGAAGAGGAAACAAAAGAGCCAGGCGACUUUGUCAUUGGCGGAAUGGUGUCUCAGUAUUCCUAUACUUCUGAUCUUUUAUCUUUCAAAGACCACCCUAAAUUGAAGUUUAUUGAUGAAUCCACGGCAACGCUGAAGAACUACCAGCAGAUUCUGUCUUUUGUAUUUGCUGUGAAGGAAAUCAAGGAGAACCCAAAUAUAUUACCAAACAUCACCAUAGGAUUCCACAUCUAUGACAACUACUUUGAUGCAAGGAUGACAUAUCAAAACACCUUGAACCUACUGUCCACCUGGAAUAGGCCUGUCCCCAACUUCAGCUGUGGCAUUCAGAAGAAGUUGGUAGCUGUCAUUGGAGGACUUGAUUCUGAAACAUCCUUCCAUAUAAUCAACCUUUUAGGCCCUUAUAAGAUUCCACAGGUCACCUACUCCUUCCUUCAAUCAGGGAUGAAUGAUCAAGCUCGGCACCCUUCCAUCUAUCAGAUGAUGCCCAAUGAAGCAUUUCAGUACCGUGGGAUUGUCCAGCUCCUCUUGUAUUUCCACUGGAUAUGGGUGGGCAUCAUUGCAAUGAAUGAUGACAAGGGAAUACACUUCAUGCGCACCUUGACACUAAUGUUUAACCACAAUGGUGUCUGUGUUGCUUUCACUGAAAGAAUACCAACCAUGGCUUCCUUAUUUGACAUUGUGUCUCUCAUGAGGCACGCAGAGAGUAUGUCCAUUCUUCUAAACAAAACCAAUGUCAUUGUCAUAAAUGCUCAUAUUCAUACCAUGUUUGCUAUGACUGGAUUAAUCAAUAUGGCAACAGUAGCAGACAUGAGCAUGGCAACUAUAAGUAAGGUAUGGAUUAUGACAGCUGAAUGGGACUUCACAUCACACACAUCUGUAGCAGAGCUGGAUACACAAGUCUUCCAGGGUGCCUUAUCAUUUGCAAUUCACUCCAAAGAACUGCUGCAAUUCCAACAUUUCCUUCAAAUUCUAAAUCCUCACUAUUCAGAAAGAGAUGGUUUUAUCAGGGGCUUCUGGGAGCAAGCAUUCCAGUGUUCCCUGUCUAAUCCUAAUAUGGAUAAGGAGAAUGGAGAAGGCUGCAGUGGAGCAGAAAAGCUGGAGAACCUGCCCGGGCCAUUCUUUGAAAUGAGAAUGACAGGCCAAAGCUACAGCAUCUACAAUGCUAUCCAUGCCACAGUGCAUGCUUUACAUGCCAUGUACUCCUUUGGACCCCACCACAUGGCAACUGAAGGUGGGAAAAGGCUUGAGCUUCUGAAGUUGCAGCCUUGGCAGCUUCACUCUUUCCUGAGGGGCAUCUCAUUUAACAAUAGUGGUGGAGAGAAGGUGUUUUUCAAUAGGAAUGGUGAACUAACAGCUGGAUUUGACAUUAUCAACUGGGUCACCUUUCCAAACCAAUCUAUUGUACGAGUGAAAGUCGGAGGAAUGGAUCCCCAGGCUCCACAAGGCAAAGAGCUGGCUGUUAAUGAGAAGAUCAUCAAAUGGCACAGCAGAUUUAACCAGGUCCUGCCACUUGCUUUGUGUAAUGACAACUGCCACCCAGGGUACAGUAGAAAAAAGAAGGAAGGAGAGCCAUUUUGUUGCUAUGAUUGUGCUCCAUGUCCAGAUGGGAAGAUUUCAGACCAAAAAGACAUGAAUGACUGUUUCUUGUGCCCAGGAGAAGAAUAUGCAAAUAAGGCUCAUAAUAAGUGCCUUUCAAAGACUAUAACCUUUCUGUCCUAUGAAGAACCCCUUGGGAUCACUUUAGCUUUCUUCGCUUUGUCUUUUGCUCUGAUCUCAACUUUGGUGCUUGGAAUCUUUAUUAAGAACCAAAACACCCCCAUUGUUAGAGCUAACAAUCGGAAUCUCACAUACUCUUUGCUCAUCUCCCUUCUGCUCUGCUUCCUGUGUUCCUUCCUAUUCAUUGGCCAGCCUCAGACAGUGACAUGCCCUUUACGUCAAAUAGCUUUUGGCAUCAGCUUCUCAGUGGCUGUUUCUUCCGUGUUGGCCAAAACCAUCACUGUGAUUCUGGCUUUCAUAGCCACUAAACCAGGAGCCAGAAUAAGGAAAUGGGUGGGGAAAAGACUAACAAACUCACUUGUUCUCUCCUGCUCCUUUAUUCAAGCAGCAAUUUGUACAGUGUGGCUUUGCACUGACCCUCCAUUCCCAGACUUAGAUAUGCACUCUCUGGCUGAAGAAAUCGUAGUGGAAUGUAAUGAAGGGUCACCUAUCCUGUUUCACUGUGUUCUGGGUUACAUGGGAUUCAUGGCUGUUGUCAGCUUCGUUGUGGCGUUCUUUGCUAGAAAGUUGCCCAGUACAUUUAAUGAAGCCAAGUUCAUCACUUUCAGCAUGCUGGUGUUUUGCAGCGUAUGGGUGUCCUUUCUUCCAGCUUACCUAAGCACCGUUGGAAAAUAUAUGGUGGUUGUGGAGAUCUUCUCCAUCUUGGCUUCUAGUGCUGGCCUACUGGGUUGUAUCUUUGCCCCCAAAUGUUAUGUGAUUGUGCUGAGGCCUGAGCUGAACUAUGUUAAGAAAAUAGAUGUUUGGUACAAUUUUACAGAAAAUUUGAUUAAUAUAGAGAAUUUCAAUCGUGUCAGCAGUCUAAAAAUCCGAGGCAUUGGGGAGGAAGUAGGAAAAGAACACCUUCAACAGGAGAUCGAGGCUCUCCUUCUGCAAUUUUUGGGGCUUGAUCCAGAAGAUUCUCUUGAUAUUCGUGAAGUUUACAGAGUGAACUCUAGAUACGCCCGAGACAAGAAGUUGCCAAGCGAUAUUAUGGUAACAUUCAUGAACGGAAGGGACAAAGAGACAAUUUUCCAUGCAGAAAUAAAUUCUCCCUGGGAGUAUGAAGGCAAGCGGAUUGGGAUUUUACCUGAUGCUCCUAUUGAUGCUUUAAGGAAAUGCCGAGUUUUUGACUGUCGUUCUCCAGGAAAGAAGCAUAAAGUAUAG